CGAGUCUUCGACUGCCCUGAAACUCUGAAAGAGUCCAAGCGAGUGUCCUCAGUCCUCUCCUCGACUGCUCCCCUCCUUCCAGAGUCACGGUGCCUCGCCGUCCUUCCCUGAUCUGACAACCCGUUUAUCUUGCCCGGGCGGUCCACUCCGACGGCUGGCCCGCCCUUCUUUAACCCCGCCACCCCGAUCCAGCCCAGCCGCACUCCAACACGGUAGCAGCAGUCAACAGACUCCCACCGCAAUGGCCGCGGCGCUCCUCUUGCUGCUCGUUCCGCCCGUCGGCCUACUCGCCGCGCUCGCAUUCCUCACGCGGCCCCACGCCCGGAUCGCGCUCAAAGACAGCCACGUCUUCAUCACGGGCGGGUCCAGCGGCAUCGGGCUCGCCAUGGCCACGGCCGCUGCGCGGGAGGGCGCGCGGGUCUCCAUCCUGGCCCGCAACCUUGCCCGCCUCGAGGAGGCGCGCGCCGCCAUCCAGCGCGACUCGGGCCGCGACGACGUCGGCGUCCACGCGGCCGACGUGCGGGACGCCGACGCCGUGGCCCGUGCUCUCCAGGAGGCCGGCCCCGUCGACGUCCUGGUCUGCAACCACGGCGUGUUCGUGCCGCAGGAGCUCGAGAGGCAGGACAUGGAUGAGAUCAAGUGGAUGGUGGACAUCAACCUCAUGGGCACCUUCCACCUCAUUAAGGCCGCGCUUCCCGCCAUGAAGGCACGCACCCGCGAGACGCGGCUCCCUGGGUCCAUCGCGAUCAUGUCCUCCCAGGCCGGCCAGGUUGGUAUUUAUGGUUACACUGCCUACUCAGCGAGCAAGUUUGCUCUUCGUGGAUUGGGUGAGGCGUUGCAGCAUGAGGUCGUCGGGGACAACAUUCAUGUCUCGUUGAUAUUCCCUCCUGACACUGAAACUCCAGGAUUGGAAGAGGAGCAUAAGAGGAGGCCAGAAUUGACAAACAUCAUAGCAGGAUUGUCUGGUGGAAUGAAGGCCGACGAUGUUGCCAAGAAGGCUCUGGAUGGUAUCAAAUCUGCAAAAUUCAUUGUCCCAUGCAAUUUCGAGGGCACAAUGUUAGCUGUAGCCACUGCUGGUUUAUCCCCACAGAGCUCCGCAUUAAUGGCAUUCAUAGAGGUGAUUGGCACAGGACUCAUGCGGUUUGCGGCACUUUGUUUCCAAUGGAAUUGGUUCUCUACCAUAGAGAGCUAUUAUGCCAAGAACAAGAAGAGCCAGUGAUAACACAAACCAUACCUGGACCUUAGCGGUCCGUCAUGGUCGAAGAAGAGUCCCGUUGUGUGUCACUUCAGGUCAUAUGAAUGACAGAAGUUUGAUAUCGUCAUCUCAACUCUUGUAUCUUCCAUGUUUCUGUACCAUGGUCAGGUUUUCUUUUACUUUGUGGUACUCAUGUAAUGAACACAUAAUAACAAUAGCUAGAAUGUUAAUGACAA